AUGGCGCCCUUCAUAUUGAGCACGUCUUGCAACGUCUACGCCGUGCUUGGCGUGUGCCUAGUCUUCUUCAGCCUCAUGAGCAACAGCCAGAGCCUCUCACGAGCGGCAAACGUCCAGACGUGUGCUGCAAACCAAUGUCCCUCGGGUGUUUGUUCAGGCGAGGGUGCUUGCUGCAACGAUGGCGAGAACCCGACCCUUUGUGGGGGUGAGUGCUGUUACCUCGGCAGGGACGGGGACAACAAAUGCUUCGGGGACGCGGCCGAAGGCGUGUGCUGCUCUAUUGCCUACAACGCCAACCCCACCAACUGCGGGGGACAGUGUUGCUACCGCUCGUGCAUUGGCAAUGCAACUGUUGGGACUUGCUGCCCCGAGGGUUACAGUUUGUGCGGGGGGGACUGCUGUGGUCCGCAGCCUGGGGGAGAGACGAGCUGCAAUGGGGAUGCAGUGACAGGGCAGUGUCUCUCAACAACCAUCAAAGGAGGCCUUCUUUGUGGGGGCAACGAAUGUUUCCGGGACUCUGGGGGCCCUGUUCCCUACACGGUCUGCAUUGGCGACGCAUUGGCAGGCGUCUGCUGCUAUGACUCUGACGCCACAGAGGUCUGUGGGGAUGGUCGUUGUUGUGGGUAUCCCUAUGACGAGGAGACCAGCACCGCCUGCGCUGCUGACGUGGCCCAAACCAACCAACCCUCAGCAUGCUGUGGUGGAGGCGAGGUCAACUGCAACGGCUACUGCUGCGACACAGCCGACGGGUACACGUGUGACACUGUUCUCGGAAACUGCUGCGGAUCGGAGGAGGUGUCUUGUGGCCUGGGCCAGUGCUGCGACGAGUCUUCAUUAUGUUUAGAAACCAAACCUGGGGACGCCUCCUCCGGUACCUGCUGUUACAGUCCGCCAGGCAAUGGUGCUCCUCCCGUUAUUUGCGGGGGGAACUGCUGCUAUCCUGGCUUCGGAGACACGUGUUACGGCGACGCUACCACAGGAGUUUGCUGUCCCCAGGGCGCUGUUCCCCUUGGGGGCAUGUGCUGCAACGACGGUGCUACACUCUGUGGGAGUGGGUGCUGCAAUGUCCAGACUGGGUAUGAGGUCUGUCAUGAGGCCUCCGGAGUCUGCUGUUUCAAAGAUGACGUCCCCUGUGGGAACGAUUGCUGCAGUCCGGGGUACUCGACCUGCCAAGGCGACCCCUCGUCGCCCUCCGCAAAGUGCUGCCAGGAGGGCUCGGUGUUGUGCGGGGGUUCUUGCUGCGAUGAGACACGCUAUCAGCAGUGCAUUGGGAAUGCUACCUUAGGAGCCUGCUGUUACAAGCCGGCAACCACAGAAGACACGCCUUACACACUGUGCGGAGGGCAAUGUUGUCACACCGGCCAGUACGAUAACCGGGGUGGUCCGACCAGCGUUUGCUUUGGAGACGAGGUUGAAGGAGUGUGUUGCGACGAGUCGAUCAACCCAGAAGUCUGUGGGGGUCGAUGCUGCAAUGGGGGUCACUGCAUAGGCAAUGCAACCGUGGGGAACUGCUGCAGAUAUGACUUGACUAUUUGUGGGGGCGAGUGCUGCGACCUUAACGGCAAUGGGUACUACUGCCUACAAGCUGGAACACCUAAAGAAACCUGCUGCUAUGGAGACCAGAGCACUGUUUGCGGGAGCCAGUGUUGUGACGCUGCCCAAGGCUUCAACUGCUUGGUGGAUGGGGCCACAGAGCUAUGCUGUUAUGGCGACGGCGCCACCAUAUGCGGAGGUCUUUGCUGCACGGGAGCUUGUAUGGGGGAUGCACAGGAUGGAACGUGCUGCUAUGGGGCCAGUAACCAGUUCUGUCUGAGUGGCUCUGGCCAUGGAGAUCCGCAUUACCGGCUGGAAGGGUUCCCUGACGGCAAAGUCCUGGAGUGGGACUUUCACGGCAGAAACAACAAGUGCUACUGCAUGGUCUCAGACACAAGACUUGCGUUGACGGUACACAUGUUCUCCCUGGCACCGGACGCCCGCAUUCUGGAGCGUCCGGAAGACGACGGACUGAACCUUUUUGAGGGCACGUGGAUGGACGGGCUGGGGAUCCUGUACAUUGACGACAGGGGAGAGCAAAAGAGCAUCGCCAUCGUCCUGAACACCGAUCUGGACCGCGCCGGAGAGGCACCCUUUGAAGUCACCUUCGAGGGGGAUGACGUCACCGCUGCCGUCAACGGCCCCGAUAAUCAGUGGACAAGCCCUGACGGCACCUCUCGGAUCCGCCGUUCCGCCGAUCGCGCCAACGCCCUGUCCGUUUCCGUUGCCGGACUCCUGGAGAUGGAGGUUGUGAGCGACGUCGAGAAGGAGCUUAUUGCGGACCCGCCCGUCCACUUCCUCAACUUCGACAUUAAAGCCAUCGCCAACACAGCAAACGUGCACGGGUUCCUGGGGCAAAUGUUCGCCCCCGGAGCGGUCGACGAGCGGCUGGCGAUGGGCACGCUCGAGGGGCUCCGCCACCGCGAGUACGUCGAAGGCACCGAUGACGACUACCUCACCUCGGGGCUGACGUCAGCGGACUGCGGCUUCAGCCGCUUCGGCGAGGUGCCGGAAAAUUUGGUCGUGGAUCCACUGGUUGCUUCCUCUCGCCGUCUCUUCUCGACGGCCGACUAUGAGCUUCCCGUCACCAAGUCAGCCGUUUGCCGGCUGGUUGGGAAAGGGAGGAAUGCUUUUAUGUGUGCCUGA